AACUCAACAUUUAGUAGGGUUAAUACAUCAGAACCAGUGACAAUUACGUACGUUUCUAUACUGUUGAAUGAAAAUCAUGAACCCAUACACUUGCCUGCUCUGCAUUCAUUGUCUAUAACAGUACAUAAGAAUCCAUAUUGGUGAAACAACCUAUGGAGAAAUGAUGAAACGGAUAAUUAGUUUUAUAUUUAUAUCACUGUUUCGAGAAACAUUGUUACAAGUUAUAAGCUCUUCACAUGUUCAUUCCUCCUCUUUCAUUACUUCGGGUAACGGACAACAAGGAUUUUCUAAAUCUACAUCAUUCGAAGGAUCAAAUCAUGCACAUACUUUUAAAUCUGUCGGAAAAGCGCCUGUCUUGCAACCAAAUCCUUCCUUUGCAACCCGAAAUUCUGGAAGACGCAAUGGAAAACAGAAUGGACCUUUCAAUUCUGAUUCUGUUGGUGGAGGUUUUACACAUAGUUUUGUGUCUACCGGAAGUGCAUCAGAAGCAGCACAAUUGAUGUCUCAACAAGAUCACUUCCCAAAUCAGGGACACCCUAUAGUUCAGGCCCCACAGGGACAAUUGGUAAUUCAUGGUCAGCAGGUACCCUCAACAUCAUUUCACGCUCAAAAGAGACACCAGAUAAUCCACGCUCAAAAUGGACCCCAGAUAGAUAACGCUCAAUCUGGAAUCCCAUUUAUUCAUGGUCAACAUGGUCCCUCAAUGUUUCACGUCCAACAAGGACAUCCAGUACAUCAUAGAACCAGGGAAUCACAAUCAAUGCAUGGUCACCGAGGGCUACAGACAGUGCAAGAACAAGAACAUCGGGCUAUUCAGGAUCAAGCGAGGACAGAUUUUCAGGGGCAUCAGGUAGCUGAAGGACAGCAGAACCAUCAUACAAUAGAGAUACAUAAUGCACACACACCGGUUGAGAGUCAUCAAAUUCAUCAUACCAAAGGUAGCCAUUCGUUCAGUACAACAAACGUAGGACCGAUAUUUUCAUCACAUGUUAAUUCUCCAAGUCAAAUCUUGAAAACCAUAUCAACAGCAAAUACUGGUCAAAUGGGAGAGAACAAUCCAGACGCCAUCUUUAUACCACAGUCAUUUGGAAGCCAUCCUUUUCCAAGGAAUUUCAUCCUUCCUAAAAGGCAUCGAGAACACAAACCACUCCAACAUGAGGCCAUUAAUAUGUUACAAACAGAAUUUAAAACCGAACAGCAAUCAGCAAAGGGUCACCAAUUCGACAAUACGCAUGGCAUACAUCCACCAGAUCGUACAGAUAAUCCCCAAGAACGUAAUGGAAAUGGUAAUCCAGAGUCAUCACAUAAUACCAAUAAGAAUCCACAGUCAUCACAGAAUAACUUAUUUGGCUUUGCAUCGUUGGAUAAUCCACACUUUAGAGAUGGGGGAUUUCAUCAUGGAGGAAUUCAAAACGUAACAACAUUACAUGGUCCUAUGCAGUUUGGAAACGGGUUGGCUCAGUUAGGAUCCAGUCAUAGAGACAGCGAGAUUGUUACAUGCACGGAAGAGUACAAGAAGUUUCCUAACCACACAAUGUGCUUAGUGGAUAAAACAAGUCUUAAUAUUUCCGGUGUGUCAGAAUCUGAGAGGUUAGAAAUACUCAGAAUGCAUAAUAACUUUCGGGGUACAGUGCUACCAGAGGCGUCUGAUAUCUUCACAAUGAGAUGGGACGACAGACUGGCGAUAGUAGCACAGAAAUGGGCAAACCAGUGUAGCAGGUUCCAUGAUAAAAUGAGAGCUGUGCCCUCACUAGGAAAACAUACAUUGAUUGGUCAAAAUUUGGCGGGAGGAUUUUCCAACUGGUCAUCUGUUCUGAAUGAAUGGUGGAAUGAACAUACUAUUUGGCAAUAUGGCAUUGAUCCCAACACUUACAUUCCAGAGAUCAGUGAUGUUGCUGAAACAAUUGGUCAUUUCAUACAGAUGACGUAUAACGCCACUUACAUGGUUGGGUGUGGAUACGCGCAAUGUGACGGCAGUCGGUAUGAGCGAUAUUAUGUAUGCAACUACGCACCAGGACUAAGGAGUUUUAAACAUCCCUUUACAAUCGGAGACCGGUGCAGGGCGUGUCCUCAUACUUGCAGGAAUGGAAAAUGUGACUGCGGGGACAGGGUCUGCAAUAACGGAGGCACUCUCAACAAGGACAACUGCCUAUGUGACUGUGGACCACUGUAUGCCGGGCCCAGCUGUGAUAUCCUCAGGUGUCCGUUUAAUGAUAAGCCGGAAUGCGGGGUGCAAUACCAAAAAGAACACUGCGUGGUCCUCCCCAAGGCCAACCAGGACUGCCCUUACAUGUGUGGACGCUGUGCUGCAGGACACGAUUUCUGUGGCGGAAGGGUAUGUUACAAUGGUGGAGUGCUGAAAGAAAACACAUGUCGAUGUUCCUGUUCCCCUCCAUACACUGGCGACACAUGUCAAGCAAACUGUGGGGUAUCGGACGAUGAAUUCUGCCGUCGCUGGCCGGACGUCUUCUGUCACUGGGACACACAUAUCCAAACAAGGUGUCCUCACAGAUGUAAUAUUUGUCCUUAAAAGUAAAAAAAAAAAAAAAACAUUGUCAAAAUAUGUCCAUAGAUAUGAACAAUAGAAAAAUAUAGCGUAAUGAAUAAAUCAAUACUGUUUACUGUU